AUAUGCUGACGCUGUCCUCAUAACUACUUCCGGUUCUAAAUUGAGCUUCUGUUUUUAUAAAUUUUCAUUUAAUCUCACGAAUUUAUAAAAUAUUUAAUUUAUAUUAUAUGCGAUAAAUAUCUUACUAUUUUUUCCUGUGACUGAGAUGUGUUUUAAAUUUAGUAAGAACUUCUGAUCAGGGGUACCACACGAAGUUACUCAUGUAAUAUUAUCGUACGCAGUCGGUGAAUUUAUUUACAAGUAUUAUUUUGCAACUUGUAUUAUAAUUGUUAAACCAAAUCUUUUGCUCGAAUAAUUAUAUCGUUGCAUUUAUAAUUCAAUAUUAAGACGUUAUCACAUUGUGUUGAUCUAUUGAAAUAUUACCUAAAAUGACAGCUACUCUCUACUUGAUGGAACUGUGAACAAAAUAUGGUCGUGCGUGUCGCUUAAAUCCUAAAAGAAAAGAUGAGUGAACAGACUGAAGUAAAUUAUCUUGACGGCGAUGUAGUAUGGGUGAAACUUGGCUCUUGCUGGUGGCCAGGUGAAGUGGUAGGACAUGAGAAGCUGCCUCCAGAUGUCCUACCAUCGUUUCGAAAACCACCUAUAGCUAUCGUUAAAUUCUUUCAAGAAGAUUCAUAUGAAUAUGUCAAGAAUCCAAAUUCUAUUUAUAAAUACGAUUGUAGUCGCAAGGAUGAAUUCAUUCAAAAAGGACUCUAUUUGUAUAGAACAAAACAUGGACUUAUGGAAAAAUUUCCUGAAGAUGUCAUCCGAGCAGAGACAGCUGUGGGUGGUGAUAUUGAAAUCCUCACCAGAGAUGAAUUUCAAGAAACAAAGAAAGAAAGUUAUGCGGGCUUAUUUGGGGAUCCAAAUAAGAAAACACCAGCCUCAAAUAAGAAGGGUAAGAUUUUAGGUAAAAAUGGAAAAGGAAAGUCUGGCGACAUUUUAAAAUUUUCAACUCCAAUAAGAAAGGUAAAAGAAAAGUCUAAUUACAAAGUACAUAUUUUACUACAAGGCUCUAAAACUCCCAGUCAGCCUGAAGAAACAACUCCAUCCACAAGCAGAGCUGGCUCAGAACCAAGUGAAGAAAAAUCGCAAGAAACUAAUGACCAGGAAUCUACAAAAUCAGCACCAAUUGUACAUAUACCUACAGCAUCAAGCACUGGGAUAUAUGCAUGUCAUGCAUGUCCAUUUACUACAACAAGGUUAAAUGUAUUAAUUUUACAUAAUAAAACACAUAGUUCUACUUUUACGCCAUACACACCAUCACCUAUGAAGAAAAAAUUGACACCAAAAGCACAAAAAUCUUCUUCAAAAGCAACACAAAAAAUCCAAAAACCUCGCAAGCCAAGACAAGAGAAAAGUGAAAAAUCAUUUAGGAAAAACCAAGCUCAAAAACGUGAAGCGGAAACUGAGGCAUUGCCUGAAGUAAAGAAAAUAAAAACCGAUGAGGAAAUAAAGAGCAGUUUGUUAGCUGAUUGGGAUGAUGGGGAUGAAGAUUCAAAUGGGGAAUCUUCUACCAUAGCAAUGGCAGCAUCUCCAGAUGUCCCUAUAGCUGCUGGUUCGCCAGCAGUCCCAACUCCGGCUGAAUUACCUAGUGUCCAGGUACCUAGUGAAAUUGCUCCUCUUCCAGAAAAAAAAGAAGAAAAACCAGAAGCUUCAAAUGACGCAAAAUAUGAAUUUUGUGAGGAUGAGGAUUGGCCUGUAGAAGCAGAUGUAGGUAGAAAAAUACCACGUAUUAAAAAACCUUCAAUACGUAAAGAGGAAACAAAGAGCCUUAGUAUUGAUGAAGACGAUAUGGCACGAGAAGUAGCCGAACUACUAAAUAAAACUACUGUACCAGAAUUGCCCUCAGUUCCAGAACCUCUGAAAGUCGAGGAAAAUUUUCCUGAGCCUUCCAUUGUAAAAUCUCCUGAUAAAAAAAGUGAAACUUCAUCUGAAGGAAGUAAAUCACCUGAAAAAAAAGUGUCAUCUGAUCUACAACCGUCAAAAACUAUUUUUAAAACAAAAACGUUUUUUCGGAGUCGACACUCUAGGAGUCAAGAUGCAAUAGGGAAAUAUGUUGCAGAACAAUUAAACGCAGCAGAGAGACAUGAUAUUGCGGAUUCUGAAAUAAAUGGUUCUGACAUUACUCUAUCACCAGAGCCUAGAAUAUCAUCACCAAUUGAACAUGUGAAAGUUGCUCGACUUGCUCCAAAGAUUCAACUUAAGAAAAUGAAUGCAGAGGCUGCUCAAUGGCGAGAAAGAGAAAAGUAUCAAAUACAAGAAGAAAUUAAAAAAACUUAUUCGAGAUCAGACAACUUUUGUAUUGAGUCAAAACCCUCAACCAAAACUAAUACUGUGUCAGUUGAAAUUGAAAAUAAUGUGUCAAAGUGUAAUCAGGAAGCCAAUAAAAGUGAUUUAAAACCUUUAGAUAAAAUUGAUAAUGAUCUUACUGAAAUUGAAAAUGAUAGUGAUAAUAUUGAAACAAACAUGAAAAAUAAUGUUAUCAAGGAAUCAGGAAAUAGCAUAAAGACCCUUCAAACUUCGAAACCCUUGGAUUUUAUUUUACCAGAACAGUGUACCAAUCCACCCAAGACUAAACUUUUGGAAGAAAAUAAAUCACUUGAACCAUAUAUGAGCGAGUCUACUGCCUCCGCUGUUGAUGCUUUACUAAGUGUUUCAAGAGAAGCGGAUAGGGUCACUAAAGUAAUAAGCGUAGAUCCGCCUGAAGACUUAUUUGAAGAUGAUAUUAAGGACACUAUAAAUGGAUCUAAUAUUAAUGGAUGUGAUGAUAAAAUAAAAGAAAUUAAAAGUUAUGUUGUAGAAAAAUCUAAUCAAGAAUCUGAAAUUAUUGAAAAUGUAAUAAGUGAGACUUCAUCUCCAACUGAGAAAAAUAUGCAUACAAGUCAGGUUCCCAAUAAAGAAAAAGAAAAAGAACCAGAAACUACUUCCAGUGAGGAAGACUCCUUAAAAGAUAAAAUGCUUAUUAAUUCCAUAAAAACGAACAGUGACAAAAACAGCGACAAAACAGAAACUACAAAAAAAGAAAAUGUAAUAGAAAUAGUUCCAAAUAAUAUUCCAUCUGAAUCUGAUCUACAAAUUGCAGAAGCAUUGAUUAAUUUACCUUCUACUACCAUUCAGAAUAAAGCAUCAGUGGAAUGUCAAGAUAACAUAACUUUAAUUACGCCAACUAAAAAUGAAGAAGUAAAGGAAACAAUUGAAAAUCCUCAAAAUAAUUCAUUUAGUGUUUCCGACACCAAGCAGCAUGAAAAUGACAGUUCUCAACACGAAAGUGUGUCCAUAAUAAAAACGCCGAUCUUGACAAAUAAUAUAAGAUUUGAAAGUGAGGAAGAAAAAAGUGAAAAUUUAAAUGCUGCCCAAUCAUUAGUUCAAAUGUCCGAAUCCAUAGAUCAUAAAAUUAACAUAUCAGAUAUGAAUACUAGCAAACAAAAUGAUAUCAGUACUGUACUUUAUUGUAACAAGGCUCAAGACAUCACUUCUUUUGAAAAUACAGCUGAGACUGCAUUAGGAAAAUCUUUGGAUAUGAAAAGUGAGACAAUCAAUGGUAACACAAUAAAAGUAGACAGUACACCUAGAUUACUAAAAAUUUUGGAAGAUCCUUGUUCUUCCAAUGUGUCAGCCCCUAAUAAUACGACUGUCAACAAGAAAUUAAUUGUUUCAAAUAAAGAAAAGUUAUUAAAUAUUGAUGUUGCUAAAUCGGCAUUAAAGCCAAAACCACAAUCCACUAAACAAAAAAUUAUAAUUAGGCGUACUACACCUAAUAAAACUCUAUUGAAUAAUGUAUCUGAAGUAACUACACCAGAUAAAAUAAUUUUAUCACGCACAAAUAAAUCAUCUGAAGAUGGUUCAUCUGUACAAAGUUAUACAAUCCAAACAACGCCAGAUAUUCAAACAGAUAAUAACACAAUCAUUAUCCAGCAAAAAAUUCGAAAAAUUCCAAAACCAAAUAUUCAAAAGAUAAAACCACAAAUCACGCCAACUCCUCCUGUUCUUGAUAGUAAAACCGUUAAGGAUAUGUCAAAAUCGAACGAGUCCGUGUUUGAUAUUAAUUCAAUGCCAAUUGUUUUGUCCGACGAUAUAUUGACACCAGAAAGUAUAGAAAAAAUGCCAUUCGUAAUGUCAGAUGGAAAUCUUAUUACAACUUCAAGCAAUACUAAAACUCCAAAAGGUAAAAAACUUAUAACUCACACUGAAAAAAUUACGGUUACUUCGUCUUCUAAUAAACAAGAAAUAAAACCGCACGUGCAUCAUCCUUCACAUGAUGCUAAUAAAGGAACAACGCCUAAUAUACUCUCCAAGUCAUCUAAAUUAAGAGGAUCCCCUAAACCCAUGUUAGUAAUAGACAAAACAACUGGUAAACAACAGAUUAUUAUGGCAAAAUCGGAAACACCUAUAAAGGAAGUAAAACAAACCCCCACAAUAAUACAAACACUUCCACAAACUACUAAUAAGGGAGAAAAGUUUAUAAUUUUACCAUCGGCUACAUCCCCUCGACCUGGCAGAACACAAAAAAUUGUUAUUGAUCCUCAAACUGGGAAAGCACAUGUUGUAGUUGGAAAAGGACCAGAAACAAAUACUAAUGUAGCGGAUAAUAAACCAGUUUCAGCAAAAUUGUUACCAUCUGCUUCAGAUGCUACUACUCCUGGAAACACAGUAAUGAUUAUUACUAAUGCACAAGGUACACAGUCAAGAAUAGUCCUGACUCCUGAACAUGAAAAAAUUCUGUUUCCUAAUAAACAGCAAGCAAGUGCGUCACAACUUAAAACAAUAACACAACGUACCUCAACAACUGCCUCUAUUCAACAAAAAAAUAUAACUACAGUUGCCUCUGUCAAAACGCCCUCUAGAAUAGUGUCAAAACAAAAAAGUGCCAUCAUAACUUCAAAAGGGCAACUCAUAGUGGGGGGUAGGUUAGCAACAACUUCCCAAAACAUAGCACCAUUACCAGAAAUAAGACCAGCACCAAAACGAGUUUCCACUGAACCCAAGAAAAUUGUUCAAGCUAUCCAAAAAAACUCUUCAGAGCCGUUAAUAUUUUUGCAAAAGUCGGGUGCCGUUAUGCAACUCACUGCUGCUCAGUUUGAACAUUUACAGCGAACAGGACAAAUAAUACAAAAAGUUCCUGUUCAGUCUCAAGAAAAUAAAGUAAUCGUACAGAAAACAAUAACAAUAUCCCCAACAGACACACUUGUACCAAUACAAAAACAAAGGGUAAGAAAAAAUCUGGCUGAUUCUCCAACGCCUAUGAAAAAAUUAAAACAUGAAAUUGCAAUAGCUCCUGCCCCAGCACCAACUUCGCUUAUGCCCGCAUUGACACCAAUAUGUUCUACAAAUAUAUCAUCCAGUUCAAAUUAUAAUAACCCAAAAUCAUCUUCUCUAGCCUCAGCCUCAAAUUAUUCUAAUGUAGAAAAUUUUGAAGAAUUACUUCCUACGACGGCGAUAGCUCGUUCAAAUGAGACUCUUGUUGCUCAAACUGAGCAAAGUACACAACCUUCGGCACCACUCUCUGAUGGCCAACUGCUGGCAGUGCCGGGGGAGCAUUUUGGAGGACCACAAGGCUCGUUUUAUCUUUGUGUUGAAGAUAAUGGUACAUUUACUCCAAUAGAUAAUCGACCAUUAGUAUUAGAAAAUAAUCAACUUGUUCCAAUGGCAGAACCAAUUUCUGCCCUUGCUCCUCAGCCGGAACGCAGGGAUAUUUUAGAGGCUGCGCUGGCUAACAGUGAUGUUUUUCAUGCUGAAAGCACACAAAGUGACGCACCCGAUUUUCGAGACCUGAAUGCAAAUGUAUCUGUUCAUUGUAGAGUGUCAGAAACUAGUACAACCUUAAAUCAACCAAUAAUGACUCCAGUCGAAGUACCCACAAAAGUAGACAUGGAACCAAACAUACCAUCAAGCUUAGAUGAUGGAUUAGCAGUUAUUGGUGUCACUCCUCAAACAGUGCCUACAUCACUGGAGUUACCGAUAACAGUCACAGAUCCACGAAUAGCCCCUAAGACCACUGACCCUUUAAGUAACAGUAACUAUAGAACUUCAUUAUUGCCUUCACCUAGUACAGAGAUGACAUUUGUGGUCACGGAAGAAACAGAUUUACCGGCUGUUGGCCCCAUAUCUAUGCCUUUAUUGACAGAGGAAGAAUCGGUGGGAAAAUCAAUGCCAAUAUUGACUGAUGAGAUUACAGAGAGAACAAUAUCAUCCGUAGAAUCUGCUGCAGGCUCACCCUCGUCUAUUGACGUUCGAGAAUCUGAAACAGAGGACGGAAGUCAGUGGCCCAGAAGAAUGCUAACUCCUGGUUCUGAUAUAUCUGAAGCCUCCGUGGAGAUUCCGCUCCAACCAGCAAUACAACUUUCUGUUAGUGAUCUAUCACAUAAUAAUAGUUAAUUAAUUUUUUGUGUUUAAUCAUAUGCGAGAGAGACAUUUGUUUUAUAUUCAAGGUUUUAGCAUUGCUAAAAGUAAUGGAUCACGUGUUGUAUGAAUAUUAUACUAAGAUUUUUAACACGUUAAUGAAGAAUGCAAUGUGCAAUAGGCUAAGUUUUUAUAUAAUUUAAUAUCAUGAGAGCCUAUGGUGUAUAAUUUGAGUCAGUUGAACUGUUGUGUAGUAGAAUACACAUAAUAUCAUAAGGAUUUCAUUGAAUAUAAAUGUAUCACAAUGUGAGGACUAAAGUGAACUAUAUUAUAUAAUGUAUUGCAUAAGAAUUAAAAUAAUGUGCGUGUUCCAAACGUGCACAAAUGUAAAUAUAUCACAGGGGAUGACUGAUGUUCUAUUGAUUGUAUUCAUCUCUGUGUACUUUUAUUUUAUUAGUUUAAUGCAUUAUGCAUAUAAAGUUUAAUUUAAGAUUAUUAUUGUAAAAUAAAAUUUAUAAUUAUAACAUUGUUGGAUCAUAUGUGUAAUAUAUGAAAAUUAGGUAUAUUGUAAUAUUUUUUAUAACGUCAUGCAUCUUCUGCUAGGUAACAUUGUGUACAAUUUCUGCAGAUUUUGUACGUUUAAUUGUGCUAUAAUUACUAAGGUCGAUACGUACACAAAUAUGUUAAUAAUAUUUAAUAUAUUUCGGUAUAGAACAAUAACCCAUAGAGGUUAGUGCUUAAAUAAGACGUGGUCAAACAAAGUCGCAACUAAAUGGAAUAUUCAUUGGAUUAUAAUUGUGUAGCACUUAUAUUAAGUACAAUAUUUGUAAAAGUAACUGAACAUAAUUUCGAAAGCACAUUUGUUUGUGUGAACUAUGUCUGGAUGUAGAACUACGACAAUGAAGUCUAACAAAAACUUCUUUGUAGUUUAAGGAUUUAAUAAAUAAACUUCAUUCAA